AUGAAUAUAAAAGUUAAGUUUCCUAAUGGACAUUUUUUAGAGUUCCAAUGUCCAGAUCAUUGGACAACUGAAUAAGUACAACUCAACUUUAUAUUAGAUUCGAUAUUUCUCUGCUAAAAACUAAUCUUUUUAUGAUCCAGAUACAAUCAAAUUAUAUCAUGGUGGCGUGGAAUUGUAUGGCAAUGAAAAGUUACUUGAUAUUGCAAAAAAAUAAGAACAGAUUGUAUUUCUAACAAUGAUUGGUACUAAAAAAUAACCUUCAUAAACAAAUAAGUAAUUGAUUUAUCUAGAAUACACUAAAAAUAUUCAAAGAACAUUGGUAUUCAAUUAAUUAAAUUAUACUAAUUUCUAACCUAUUGUUUCUUAAAUGCCAAUCAUGGGAUUGAAAUUUUAACAAAAUAAUUAAGAGAAAAUUUAAAAACCAUAAUAAUAAAGGAGAUAAGGUAAAAUUGAUUAUUAUAUUAGAUGAUAGAGAUACUCCUAUGUAAUAAGAGAUCUUUUUCCAUUUUAAGAUGAUUUGUUAUAUUGGAGCAUUCUAUAUAUUGUUUAGUUCUUAUUUUAAGGGGUAGAAUUAUUAUUAUUUAUUGGUAAUUAUUGGAAUAUACUAUUGGAUAAAAUAUCAAGAAUUUAAAGCAUAAUUGAGAUAAUAAUAAUAAUAGUAAUAAUAGUAAUAAAGAUAAUAAUAAUAAGAAUAAUAAAGAGAUAUAAAUUAAGAAUAAUAAUAAUAAUAAUAAUAAUAAUAAUAAUAAUAAGAUAAUAAUACAAUUAAAGAAAAAGAUAAUUUCAAUUUAGAAUAAUAAUAAGAAAAAUUUGAUGAAUUAGAUUCAUUUAAUGAAUAAGACAAUGAAUUAGAUUUGUAACUAAAUAGUAAAGAACAACUUUAAGAAUUUUUGAUUAGAAAUGCAAAACUAUUAUAAGCUUAAGAAUUAUAAAGAGAUCAAUAAUAAAAUUAAAUAGAAAAAACUGAAUAUUAAUAAAAAUUAAAUUAAUAAGACAAGUAAAUCUAAAACAUUAUUAACAAAGAAAAAAAGGAAAAUUAAUUUUAAGAUAACUAAGAAGAAAUAUUCAAAGAAGAAGAAGAAUUAUUAUUCGAUGAAAGAUAAUUUCAAGAAAAUAGUUAAGAAUUACCUAUCAAAUAAAAUGUUUAGUCAAAUAGAGAAAUAAAAAUAGAUAAGACAUCAAUUGAUAAAUAAGAUAAAGAACUAAAAGAGAAUGAAAAUAUUGAUGAAAAUAUAUAGGAAAUAUAAUAUGAAAAAUAAACAAAAGUUGAAUAGGAUGAAGAACCUGAAUUAGAAGAAGAAAUUAGAAAACUAAAAUAAUUAUAAUAAAGUAUUUUCUUAAUCUUAAUAUAUAUUAGAAUAGAAAAGAACAUUUAGUUCAUUUUUUAAAGCUGCUUUUGAAUUAAUCUACUGUUAUAUAAUGUCUUUAUUUCCUUUUUGGCAUGUUGGAUUGUAUCAAUAAGAAUGA